AUCCUCAUUACUUAUUCAUUAUUAACCCUGGUGAGACGUGACCAUGUUUCGGAUACAAUUACUCAUUGUUGCUUUAUAUUUUGGAUCAGUGAGUACAUUUUUUUACAGUGACAUAGUUCUAGAUGAAGAUUUACAUGUAGAAGUAUGGUGCAAAUCAAAAAUAUGCAUCAGGAAAUGCUGCGGGAAUGGAGAAUUUGUGAUACAAGAAAACGAUACUACAAUAUGUGAUACGUUUGAUUCUGAGUCUAAGUUAAUAAAUCCGUACUAUAAAAUGUUGGGUGUCGCAAUUUACGAUAACGAACAGCAUGAUUUGAAAGUGAAUAAAAAUCUGAGUGAUGUGUUCCUUCUCGUGCCAGGGAAGUUCAAUGAGGAGCUCAAAGAAUAUGAGAAUUUAACGUUUGCACAACUAGCGUUUGUUGCAACUGACGCCGGCUUUAACGUAUAUUUAAACGAGGGAGGGACUCUUUACUUCGAGUUCCCGAAUGCAUAUUCAAGAUGGACCCCAAUAGAAAAAAGUAACUAUUGUGUAGACGUUGAUAGCGAUUUGAACCCGAAAUUUUGGUCGGUUAUGACUUCAGAGGACGCCACAGAAAACAAUGAAUACUACACUGGUGGCAUUAUAAUAUCAUCGGUAUUUCUUGUGGCUGUGUUUUUGGUGUACGCCAUACUGCCUGAAUUGCAGAACCUAGCAGGUCUUGUCCUGAUGGCUUAUGUUUUCAGCCUCGGAGCAGCUUUUAUAAUACUGGCUUGCCUCCAAUUGAUUGGCAUGGACGUGUUAUCCUGCAUUGUAUUGACGGGUAUGUGUUACUUUUUCUUUUUGUCGACAUUCUGCUGGAUGAACAUAAUGUCGUAUGAUAUUUGGUGGACUUUUCGCGGAUACGCUAAAGCUCGCACAAUUCACCGACGAGGAGUGCGAUUUAAAUUUAUAAUGUACUGCCUUUACGCCUACGGAGUCCCCACUUUAAUGACAAUCGGUCUCAUGACCGUGAACAGUCUAGACUUAAGACGAUAUCCUUGGAUCAUUACACCCCAAAUUCCUAAAUUUGGAUGUUUCAUUGAAGGGGGCCAGAAAUUCGUAUAUCUCUAUAUACCAAUGUUGGUACUAAUACUCUGCAACUGGAUGUUUUAUUUAAUGACAGCCUUUAAUAUAUGGCGACUGGUUCGCGGUACUGCCAUUCUAAAUUCAACUCAUCGCUCUCAGAAGAACAGAUUGAUGGUCUAUCUGAAGAUAUCUGUUAUUAUGGGAAUAAACUGGUUAUUGGAGGUGGUCAGCUUCCUCACUCCUAAACUCACAAUAUGGCUGUACACUGACGCCUAUAACGUCCUCAUGGGAUUUUCGAUAUUCCUCAUUUUUGUAUGGAAACGAAAAAUUUAUCGGAAAUUAAAAGCAAGACUUACUCCCAGUCCUAUUGUUCGUAAAGUCCACCACAGCAGUAUGAGUAGCACGCUAGAAUCCAGCCUUGGUCAAGAGACUUCCACAGUAUCCAUAAACCCUAGGGGAAAAUAACUACGAACAUAAUACAUUCGAUUGUAAGGACUGUUAAUACGUUGAAAUGAAUGAUCUUGUGUGUAAUAUUAAGACUAACAAAUACACAGCCUGUUAUUACUUAAGUACAAAUAAAAUAACGAGUUAUUGAUAAGCUAUGUAAAUAUUAAAGGAACAGCUCAUUGUUACUGCCAAAAGUUUAAUACUCGAAACGUAAGAUUGAUUAAGCGUAAAUUGGUUAGUAGAUGAUUUAUAGUUAGUAAUUUGAAACUGAUCAUUGUAAUGAAUAUCUAUCUGCUUCCACUAUCAAUUAUUUAUAGUUUUUACGAAUUAACAAAGAUAGUAUUGCAAUAUUUAAAAAUAAGAUAUAUAUGUUACUAAUUUAUAGUCGUAUGAAAUACUCAAACUAGGUUAAGACUAGUUAAGGCCAAGUCAAAGAAAAUUAAGUUUUAAAUAAAUGCUAAAAAUUGUU